AUGGUCGACUUCAUGUCACCGAGUGGACCUCCGACCGGCGCAACCAUAACCACCUUUCGAGUCGCGGCGGACGGCGGCAUGUCUGACGGAGGGUCAUCAGCACCAAAGUCGCGCAUGGGUGGCGCUGCGAUGCCUCCCGCGACCGGCGCACAGCCAAGUGGGCCAAGCAUCAUUCCCUUGAGCGCACGCAAGGCAGCGCCGCUGGACCUGGCGACUGUCGAGCGCAGGGGGCACAAUGCGCCGAACAACCUACCGCCCAAGCCCCAGCGCAUGUUUGGCCUGCAGGAAGCCCCUACCUACAGGCCGACUGCUGAGCAGUUCAAAGACCCGGUCGCGUACAUGCAGAGUAUACGAGAGGAGGCGCAACAGUACGGCAUCGUCAAGAUUGUGCCACCGGACACAUGGAACCCGUCGUUUGCUGUCGACACGGAACGCUUCCACUUUCGCACGCGACGACAGGAGUUGAAUUCUGUCGAGGGUGGAACACGUGCCAACUUGAACUACCUCGACCAGCUGUCCAAAUUCCACAAGCAACACGGCCACAGUCUGACCCGUUUUCCUAGCGUCGACAAGCGCCCACUCGAUCUGUACAAGCUGAAGAAGGCCGUUGAAACUAGAGGUGGCUUCGAGCGUGUCUGCAAGCAGAAAAAGUGGGCUGAGAUUGGCCGCGAUCUUGGCUACAGUGGCAAGAUCAUGUCUUCGCUCUCUACAUCACUGAAGAACUCGUACCAGAAAUGGCUGCAUCCAUAUGAAGAAUAUUUGCACGUCGCAAAGCCUGGCGUGCAGCAAAUGCUCGAGCACGAACACGGCGGGCCCUUCACACCAUCGCCUGCACACUCCCCACUGAAGAAGCCGGCGCAGGGUACACCUACAACGAACACCCUUGAGUCGCCUGCAAUAAAGGCCUCAGCGGCGCUGAACGCAUCACUGCAUGUUGACGCUGUGCCCACGCCACCUGAGCUACCGCGACCAGCAGUCUCUUCGGGUUUUACUGCUGUCAACUCAGGAGGCUUCACACCAGUCAACGGAAGUACAGCGCCAGCUCCCUCGGCAACGCCAGCAACGAACUCCUUCUCCGCGGUCAAUACCCCGAGCGGACCGCAAAGGGACUUCAUUGACUCACGAACAUCAACACCGCUGCGCAAUGGCGACAGUCCCAUGCUUUCAGCCUAUAACACACCGGAUCUGAGGCCAACCGCACAUGGCCUGACACCGUUGUCGAAUUCUCACGCCUUCAACCAACUAAAGCGUACGCUGUCUCAGGAUGGAGAGAGCAGCAUGAACGAGGACGGCGACGAAGCAAACGGCCGUCGCAGCAAGCGACUGCGAAAAGAUGCGCCCACCGUUGCUGGCUCGCACAUGACGCAGCCUCGCCAGUCUACACCGGGUAACACCAACCCACGCGUGCGGCCUACGAACGAUCGUCCAGGAGAACGUUGCGAGAGCUGCGGUACCGACAACGACCCAACCAACAUUCUGCUGUGUGAUAGCUGCGACAACGGAUACCAUGGCUACUGUCUUGAUCCGCCAAUUCGUGGCGUUCCUGCGUACGAUUGGCACUGUCCACGUUGUCUUGUUGGAACAGGCGAGUUUGGCUUUGAGGAAGGCGGUAUUUACUCGCUGAAGCAGUUCCAAGAGCGGGCGCAGAGCUUCAAGCAAGCCCACUUUGCCGGCAAAACCCUCUCCGAUCCCGUCACGAACGCACAACAGCAGCCAACAGAGGACGACAUCGAGAAGGAAUUUUGGCGGCUAGUCGAGAACCUGACAGAGACUGUCGAGGUUGAGUAUGGAGCGGAUGUACACACGACGACACACGGCAGUGGUUUCCCGACCAUUGAACGCAAUCCAAGAGAUCCGUACUCGACCGAUCCAUGGAACCUGAACAUCUUACCCUACGCACCGGACUCACUCUUCAGACACAUCAAGUCCGACAUCUCGGGAAUGACGGUGCCAUGGCUCUACGUUGGCAUGGUGUUCUCUACCUUUUGCUGGCACGCCGAGGAUCAUUAUACAUACUCGGCGAAUUACCAACAUUUCGGCGCUACAAAGACCUGGUACGGCAUUCCAGCCGAAGAUGUGGGCAAGUUUGAACAGGCCAUGCGUGAGGCCGUGCCAGAGCUUUUCGAGACACAACCAGAUCUUCUGUUCCAGCUGGUAACCCUCUUGACGCCUGAGCAACUAAAGAAGGCUGGCGUUCGGGUUUACGCACUCGAUCAGCGUGCGGGAGAGUUUGUCAUUACCUUCCCGCAAGCCUACCAUGCCGGCUUCAACCAUGGCUUCAACUUCAACGAGGCUGUCAAUUUUGCCCCGAGCGAUUGGGAGCCAUUCGGAGAACACGGGGUUCUUCGCCUUCAGGAAUACAGACGGCAGCCUUGUUUCUCGCAUGACGAACUACUCUUGGCAGCAGCUACGCGAAAGGACAUAACAAUUAAAACGGCGAAGUGGUUAGGUCCGGCUCUCGAACGAAUGCGCAUCCGCGAAGGCCGCAUACGCACAGCAUUUCUGGAAGCACACAAGACGUCGCGUCCGCACACCUGCAGACUGGACGGUAGUGAAGGUCCUGGCGAACACAAGCUAGCUCAGUGUCAGCUUGAAUUCGUUGUGGAUGACUCCGACAUGCUUGAAGAAGAGUUGAUCUGCGCUUUCUGCAAAACAUACAGUUACCUGUCUCGGUUCUAUUGCCGCAGCACCAAGAAAGUGCUGUGUCUUCAGCACGCUGGGCUGUUUGAAUGCUGUCCAGGCAGUCUCGUGGACAAGCGCUACCAGGGAGAUGGGGGCGAACAUGUUCUCAUUCACCGCAUGACCGACGAUGCUAUUAUGUCUGUUGCGCAGAAAGUUGCAGACAAAGCAAGCCUACCGGAGGCCUGGGAGGCCAAACUGGAAGCUCUAAUGGCGGAAGGACCUCAGCCCCAGUUGAAAGUUCUUCGCACUCUGCUGAAUGAGGGCGAGAAGAUCGACUGGGAGCUGCCUGGGUUGCCAGAUCUCAAAGAUUUUGUCGAAAAGUGCACUGAGGUUGCGGAAGAAGCCAUUGCCUACAUCACGCGAAAACAACAAGCCCGCCAGAAGAAUGUGCGGACAGGUAGGGUCAGGGGGGCCAACAAGGCAACUGAGGCUGAAGACAAGGACCGUGAAUAUCGCAGCAUGGAGAAUAUCCAGAAGCUUCUCACAAAAGCCAAGGGCCUUGGUUUCGAUUGCCCAGAAAUCACUGCACUUCGCGAGCGUGCGCAAAGCAUUGCAGAGUUCCAGGAUAAAGCACGCAUAGCCCUCCGCGACCGCCCAUCACAGCAGAGUAUCACUCGUCUAGACGAGCUUCUCGAAGAAGGCAAGUCGUUCAGCGUGGAUGUGCCGGAGUUGGAGUCGCUGGAGAAGGUUGUCCAGCAACUCAAGUGGCUGCGAGAAAGCGAUGAGUUCAAGUACAAGCCCGCCACGACUCUACAAGAGGUUGGGGAGCUCAUCGCUCGCGGUGUCGAACUGAGUAUUCCCGAGAACCAUCCCGAGAUACAGUUUUUGCAGAGCAAAAAAGAGCAAGGAGAGUUUUGGGAGACCAAAGCCAAAGAACUCAUGGCCGUCGAAAAUGUUCAUUACCAGCAGCUGGACGCCCUGUCCAAGCAAGCUGCUAGUCUGCCUGUCACACCGGAAACUCGAGCUGCAGUGGAUGCGAUCUUGAAGAAGCAACGCGAUGCGCAGGACCUCAUCAUGUCGCUCUUCGAACGAAGCAAGAACCCCGACUUCCGUCAACGACCGAUGUACAUGGAUGUGCGCACUGCGAUGGAGCAGCUGAACGCCCUCAACAGCAAGCCAGCAGGUACGAUUGAUCUUGAGAAAGAGCAAAAGCGACACGAAGAUUGGAUGCGUCGGGGCAAGAAGCUCUUUGGCAAGGCGAACGCACCCCUUCACAUCCUUCAUGCACAUAUGAAAUCGGUGGAUGAGCGCAACCGGUCAUGCUUCGAUCUGUCUGACCAGCCGCGCAUGCCUGUGGAGCCUGCUUCACGUGAGGCCAGUCCUGUGGAUGGGGAAGAAGUGGACGGCUCUGGUUCUAGCCGCGAUGUUUUCUGCAUUUGCCGAAGGCCUGAAGCUGGUAUGAUGAUAGAGUGUGAACUCUGUCAUGAAUGGUACCAUGGCAAGUGUCUCAAGAUUGCACGUGGCAAGGUGAAGGAAGACGACAAGUACACAUGUCCCAUCUGUGACUACCGUGUCAAGAUCCCCCGCGAUGCCACACGACCCAAGCUCGAAGACCUGCUGGUCUGGCAAGAUGAGCUACCCAACCUGCCAUUCCAGCCGGAAGAGGAGGAAACUCUGGAUUCCAUCAUCGACCACGGUUCCAAGUUCCGUGACUACGUUCAGCAGUACAUCAACCCGUUGAUGUCAAGUCCCGACGAACUUACCACUCAACGCUUCUACCUGCGCAAGCUUGAGGGUGCCGAUAUCCUUCUUUCCAACGAGAUCAACUUUUUCCGCCAGGAACUGCACAAAUGGGCUCCUGUUGCACCUACAGCGCCACCCAUCCUACAGGUCUCCUUGUCCACUCGCAAGCCUCGACCGACGAAGCAGCAGAAGCUCAUGAAUCAGCUCGGCAUCUCCAACCCAGACGAUCUGCCACCACACCUGCGGACAAAGACGCAUCAGUUCAAGCGCAAAGAGGGGGAGGUGGGCAAGCCUGAGGGUCUGAACGCUAACCCAGAUCCCUCGCACACGCCCCCGGGUGAACCUCGCCGUGAGUCAGGCGAGAACGAGUACUUCAACUCGAACUCGGCAUCUGCUUACAACAACUCGCCUACCUUUGCUACCAAUGCGCCGCUGAACUUUGGUGGUAGCUCUUCCAUUGCGGCGCUGGACCCAGGUCUCUUUGAAAGCUCGGCACAGGUACCGACGAGUCCGAUGCAGGACCUGUUCAAGAGCUCUGGCAACGGACAAGAGCUGUUCGGCGAAGCGAUGGAGAUGGGUGGUGGCCAGGCGGAAGAAGCCUUGGCUGUCACAGAGGGGAACAGCUACCUGGAUUAG